AAUUGUGUAACUUCCUACCUCAGUUCGCUUUUAGGUUAAGUACGUCUUCGGCAAAAAGUGUGCAGUUCCAAAAUGUGUUUUACUAUAUCGGCUUUUACUGUGUGGGAUAUUUAACCAUCAAAAUUUGAUUAUAAUCUUUUAACUUUUGUUCUGCGGCUUUAUUUGGAACUUAUGUUUUGGAUUUCAUUUAUUGUGAUUUUAAAUGCAAUAUAAAAGUACUAAUUGAAUUUAAAAAUGAACUAUUGGCAUAUAAGUGUUGGCUGUAAAAUACAGAUCAUUAAUACAGAUCAUUAUAGUAAUACCGUAUAUAAUGAUUACUACACAGCAGAUUUUUAAUGACGGGUACAACUAACAUGAAGUGCCUGCAUUACAAGUUUUGGCUACUGCACUUCCAGUAUUAUACUAAGUGUUCAUCCUAAUAGUGACUUAAAAAUUCCAAAGUAUUAUUUUUUGCGUGAAUGAAACCUGUUUCAUUGCUCAGAAUGAAACUUACAAUUGAUUGGUCAACUAUGUAACGGUGUGUUCCACUGAACAGAGCGUACCUCGAGUGAUGAUGCUCCUCCUCCCACCACUACUCCUGGGAACCAAAAAGGUCACGAACGGCGAACCGGUGAGAGUUGAAGAUGCGCGUGGAGAAAGGGGGGCGAAUCUUGCCUAAGAUUAUGUACUUUAGUAGUUCCGUAUAAAUAGGGGGGAAUCGUUCUUAGGACAAUAUUAGUGCUCUAGAGUUUGCGAGGGGAGUACCACGAUGGCUCUGGGUGUGUGGGGAUUGACAGUGAUGUUCGCGGUGGUGCAAGUGAUAGCGGUGCCCUUGGACAGUGAUAACGAACUCGGCCUCGGCUCCGGUCUCAAGGUGUUGAGGAAACUGUACGACGACUGUUCCAGGAAAGACUCGGCCGUUUCGUGCCUGAAAGGGAAGGCUAUUACUUUUUUUGACCGGGCGACCAGAAGUGACUCUAUACCCCUCGGCGAUCUCGUGUUCUUGGUGAAAGAAGAAGGCUCCCGCUUAGACUACGGAAGGGCGCUGACCGAAAACGAUGUGGAAGCGGUGAUCCAAGGGAGCGAUGACACCGCCAGGGACCUCAAGCUCAACGACCUGCUCUUCGAUAGGAUCGCGAGAUUCUUCAACUCCCAUACCAUCAAGCUAGCCUUGCCCAAGGUGUCAUCACAGGACCUCGCGAGAGGCUAUGAAGAAGGUCGCGGUAAGAUGAAGAAGAUGAUGAGCAUGAUGAUGAUGAUGGGGAUGAUGAAGAAGAUGAUGCUGGUGCCCAUCGCGAUCAUUGCCCUCUUCCUCCUGGCCGGCAAGGCGUUCAUUAUCAGCAAGAUCGCGCUGAUCCUAGCUCUCAUCAUCACGCUGAAAAAGGUCCUGGCCAGCAAACAGGAGGAGCAUCAUCACGAGAUGCACUCAGGAGGCCACGGCGGAGGAUGGGACCGACGGUCUCUAGGGUAUAGCAACGAUCUCGCCCACGAACUUGCCUAUAGUGCCUACGUUCAGAAGCAGUAGGAUCUACAAGUCUUUUGUUUGAAUACCCGAACAGAGAAUCAGACGCUACGUCUACGGCGCGGCUGUUGUAUAUAUUAAUGACAUCUUGUGUACAUAGCAUCUUCAACAUUUUUACUUUUCAACUUCGUAACUUACGAUAUAUAUAUGAUCAUGACAAAUUACUUUACAGAAUUACUCACAUUCAGUUUCUGCUUAUGUUUAGCAUAUCACGUUUAAAAAAUUUAACACUUUCUAUACUGUUUCACGAAAUUUUCAACAAUCGAUGUGCCAAAACGGUUCUUUAUAAUUAAUUUAUUUUGACAUAAUACUUACUUUUACUUCAUAAUACGUAAUUUUUAGACUAAUAUAAAAUAUAAAAAUGUUUAUCAAUAGUUAAUUGGUUUUAAUGUUUAAACUAAACAAUAUGUUAACAUACCG